CAGAGACAGCCACGUGUUUUUUCUUCUCCUUUCCCACGGAAACCCGACACGUGUCCUACUCCCCAUUUUUCUUGGACUGUAAGAGUUUCCCCUAUCCCUCUCUUCCUUCUCUCCAUAAAAGCCAACCAUUCGAUCGAUUGGAUUCCAAAGAUCAAAAGCUUUUCCUGCAGAAAAAUGGAGUCUUCCAGGCAAAAACCCCUCUACCCAGAAGUAAUCCUCUCCAACCCAGAAAGGCCCGUUUCCACUACUGCUUCCUCUUCUUCAGCCCCAUCUCUUUACCCGACGAUCGACAUGUCGGAUCUCGCAGAGAAUCUCUUCCCGGAGAACGAUACCGCCAUGGCGGAGACGGCCCCACAGGAGGAGCUUCUGAUCAGAAUCCCGGGCGCCAUAGUCCACUUGAUCGAGAAGGAUCACAGCGUGGAGCUCGCCUCCGGGGAUCUGGACAUAGUUACACUCAAGCAGGGGGAAACCGUCGUUGCGGCAUUUUGUCGAAUAGGUGGCGACAUCCAGUGGCCGCUGGCGAAAGACGAGGCCGCAGUGAAGCUCGACCAGUCCCACUACUUCUUCUCGCUUAGGGUUCCUUCGGGGGGUCAAGAAUUCAGCGACGAGGAGGACGAAUCGAGGGGAAGUGGGAGUCAAUUGGAGGUCUUGAACUACGGGGUGACGUUUGGUCGAAAGGGCAGGAGGGUUCGUUGAGGGAAUUGGAUAGGGUGUUGGAGAGUUACAGCGCGUUUUCGGUUCAGGAAGUGAGGGAGAAAGGGAUCGACGGAAAUGUGGCGAGGGAGACUACGCCGGAGGAGUUUGGGAAAGAAGGGAAGAAGAAGGAGUUGAUGAAGGAGAACUCUGCGACCUAUUGGACCGUUCUGGCGCCGAAUGUGGAGGAUUACAGCACCUCAAUUGCUAGGAUGAUUGCGGCGGGAUCGGGGCAUGUGAUCAAGGGGAUUCUGUGGUGUGGCGAUGUGACUACGGAUAGAUUGAAAUGGGGGAAUGAUUUCUUGAAGAAGAGGUUGAAGAAAGGUGACAGUGUGGAUGUCAGUCCAGCAGCUCUGAGAAGGAUCAAAAGGGUUAAGAUGUUGACGAAAAGUUCAGAAAAAGUGGCUCUUGGGAUCCUGUCUGGGGUAGUCAAAGUUUCUGGCUUCUUUACAAGUCCUAUUGUGAACUCUAAAGCAGGGAAGAAGUUUUUCAGCCUGUUGCCUGGAGAAAUCGUCCUUGCUUCCCUGGAUGGAUUUAACAAGAUUUGUGAUGCUGUUGAAGUUGCUGGAAAGAAUGUCAUGUCAACCUCAUCAACAGUCACAACUGGGCUCGUCUCCCACAAGUAUGGAGACCAAGCAGCGAGUGCGACAAGUGAAGGGUUUGACACUGCAGGGCACGCCAUUGGCACCGCCUGGGCCGUGUUCAAGAUAAGGAAGGCUCUGAACCCAAAGAGUGCUUUCAAGGCAACAUCUCUAGCCAAAGCAGCUGCAAAGGCUAGCGCUUCUGAUCUCAAGUCUAAAUCCUCGAAGUAAGGACAAGCCAGGGAUGCUGGUUCUUGUUUUACUUAUGUUACAAUGAAUGAUGGAAUUUGUUUGUAACCAUAUAUAUUAGAUUUGUUAGCGCUGUACUGAAACAGAGUAUGUGCUUUCUUUUCAAUUUGUAAGCAACAGUUUCAGAGCAAGGCUCCGAUGAGUAAUGUAUAGCCUUGAAACACUUCAAAUUUUCACAUGAUGAACAGGAAAAUCUGAGAGUUUUUGCGUGUUAAACAACAGAACCAUAUCGUGGAUUUGUUUGCUUGCUUGCACUUGAAAGUUCAGACAAAAGACAAGGAAUCAAAGGGAAAAUGGAAGAAGAGGAAGAGACGAAUCUUUUGACAUUGUUAAGUGUGUCGACAUAAAAAAAAGUUUUUAAGUGUGUCGACAUGAAAAAGAAAGCCAAGUUGUC